AAUGUAAGAUUUGACAAAAAGCCGACACCGGUCAGAUUUGAGUGUUUCUCGUACCGUCGCACAGAGAAUACGUCACACAUUUAUCUACAUGAGUCGCAUCACAAUGAGGUCACAAUAACGUCGGGGCAGCACGCAGCGUCGCCAUUUUUGCAGCUCUUUGUGCGCCAGUCUUUGCUAAGAGUUUACGUGUUUUUGUCGAGCGAUUCUUCGACUCGGGUUUUAAAUCUUUUCCACAAAAUGCAAGGAAACAGAGGCCCACAGCAGAACCACGGGUCCUACCGCCCGGGAGACCAGAAAAAGCCCGGAGGAACAAAUGCCAACGGCCAGCAGACGGAGCACCGCCGCCCGACCAACCCCAACGAGGCCUUAACCCUGGAUCUGCAUAGCUUCAGAAAGCCCGGUGAGAAAACCUUCACCCAGCGCAGCAGGCUGUUUGUAGGGAACCUACCAACCGGAAUUACCGAGGAGGAUCUCGAGAAGCUGUUCAACAAGUAUGGCAAGGCAAGUGAAAUCUUUAUCAACAAGGAAAGAGGUUUCGGCUUCAUUCGCCUGGAGACCAGGAUCAUAGCAGAGAUAGCCAGAGCCGAGCUGGAUGAUGCUCCGUUCAGAGGGAGGCCCAUACGGGUGAGGUUUGCAACACACGGUGCUGCUUUAACUGUGAAAAAUCUGCCUGAUUUUGUGUCCAACGAGCUGCUGGAGGAAGCCUUCGGUUCCUUCGGUCAGAUUGAAAGAGCCGUGGUCAUAGUGGAUGACCGAGGGAGGCCCACGGGGAAGGGAAUAGUGGAGUACACCUCGAAGCCAGCUGCAAGAAAGGCUCUGGAUAAGUGCAGUGAUGGUGCCUAUGUUCUCACAGCGUUUCCUCGACCUAUUACGGUAGAGCCUAUGGAGCAGCUCGACGAAGAGGAGGGACUGUCAGAAAAAAUCAUAAACAAAAACCAGCAGUAUCACAAAGAGCGUGAGCAGCCGCCACGAUUUGCUCAGGCGGGCUCCUUCGAGUUUGAGUACGCCAUGCGUUGGAAGGCCCUGAUGGAGAUGGAGAAGCAGCAGUAUGACAUGGUGGACCGCAACAUGAAGGAGGCUCAGGAGAAGCUGGAGGCUGAGAUGGAGGCCGCCAGACACGAGCACCAAGUGAUGCUGAUGAGACAGGACCUGCUGAGGCGGCAGGAGGAGCUGCGGAGGAUGGAGGAGCAACACAACCAGGAGAUGCAGAAGAGGAAACAGGCUGAGAUCCGGCAGGAGGAGGAACGCCGGAGGAGAGAGGAGGAGAUGAGGAUGCGCAGUGAGGAGAUGCUGAAGAGGCAGCAGGAGGGCUUCAGAGGCAACUUCUCUGAGAAUAGGGAGCAAGACAUGAGGAUGCACAUGGGCAAUCACGGGAUGAACAGAAACUCGCUGGUCGGCAAUGCUGGUCCUGCAGGUACUCCCGGCAUGGCCGCUGAGAAUACUCCACUGAUUCCGGGGCCAGGGAACAACAACAUGCCCGGAGGAGGCCAGGCUGGCUUCCCUAGAGGCCUCCCUGGGCCCGGAGACUAUGGACCUAACAAGCAACGCAGAUUUUGAAUCACGUCUCUAUUGUCACAGCCCGGCUCAGACACUCACUCACUGCAUUUUAAAGUUCAGGAGUGUUACUUUUUUGAAAACUGUUGCAUGUAUUAUUUUUCUUUAUGUACUUUUUUUAUUUGUACCUUGAGUUGUGUUUUUAGUACUAAAAUGCCAUAACUCUGAAUGAGCCAUGUCUUUCACUUUACCUUUUCACCUUUAGUGUAUUUUUCAUAGGGAUAGAAAAUGUUGACUAUUGUGGAAUAAAUUCAUGAUUCCCUAAGAACUUUGUUUUGACAUUAAAGAUUUCUCUAUGUCUUUCAAA